GGCGGAAGCCAGCCUGGUUCCUGGCUUUGGGGCUGGAAAUUAUGGGAUGAGGGCCUGGGGCCCCACUGGAGGCACCAUUUAGUGUCAGGACCCCAGGAACCAGUCCUCCGUCUGGCCAGAGAGACGCUGGAUUGUGGCAUUUCUCCAGCUGCUCCCCAGGGGGAGGGAGGACCUCUUUGAGGCCUAUAGGCCUAGCUUCUGACCCUGGCAACACCAGGCCCCAGCCUGCCUGAAGACCAACAAGUCAGAGGGCAGCAAAUUUUUAACUAGGCCCAUUGAUCAUUAACCAGAGUAGGAAGGAGUCCGAAGUCAGCAUCUCUUGGGGACAGAAACCAGCUGGGCCUGGAGCCUCCUGCAGAGAUGCUGGGCCCCAAAGUCUGGUCCUCUGUGAGGCGGGGGCUGAGCAGGGCUUUGUCCAGGACCAUGGGGAGCUGGGCCUCAGGGGAGGGGAGGAAGAUGGACAUCUCAGGCAUCUACCCCCCCGUGACCACCCCCUUCACUGCCACAGCCGAGGUGGACUAUGGGAAACUGGAGGAGAAUCUGCACAAACUGGGCACCUUUCCCUUCCGAGGUUUCGUGGUCCAGGGUUCCAACGGCGAGUUCCCCUUCCUGACCAGCAGCGAGCGCCUGGAGGUGGUGAGCCGAGUGCGCCAGGCCAUGCCUAAGGACAAGCUCCUGCUAGCCGGCUCCGGCUGCGAGUCCACUCAAGCCACAGUGGAGAUGACGGUGAGCAUGGCCCAGGUCGGGGCUGAUGCCGUGAUGGUGGUGACCCCUUGCUACUAUCGUGGCCGCAUGAGCAGCGCUGCCCUCAUUCACCACUACACCAAGGUUGCUGACCUGUCUCCAAUACCUGUGGUGCUGUACAGUGUCCCAGCCAACACGGGGCUGGACCUGCCCGUGGAUGCGGUGGUCACGCUUUCCCAGCACCCGAAUAUCGUGGGCAUCAAGGACAGCGGUGGUGACGUGACCAGGAUUGGGCUGAUUGUUCACAAAACCAGGAGGCAGGAUUUCCAGGUGCUGGCUGGAUCGGCGGGCUUCCUGCUGGCCAGCUAUGCUGUGGGAGCUGUGGGGGGCGUGUGCGCCCUGGCCAAUGUCCUAGGGGCUCAGGUGUGCCAGCUGGAGCGACUCUGCCUCACAGGGCAAUGGGAAGAUGCCCAGAAGCUGCAACACCGCCUCAUUGAGCCAAACACCGCGGUGACCUGGCGCUUCGGGAUCCCGGGGCUGAAGAAAACCAUGGACUGGUUUGGCUACUACGGAGGCCCCUGCCGCGCCCCCUUGCAGGAGCUGAACCCGGCCCAGGAGGAGGUGCUGCGUUUGGAUUUCACCAGCAACGGCUGGCUCUGAGGACCAGGAGGGGACGGCCAACCUGCUCCCAUCUCAGCACCUGCCUUGCACUGGCAGCCUGAAGAGGAACAUGGGUGGCGAGGGUUCGAGGCUCCCUUUCUCGCUUCAGUCCUCCAGGUAGCCUCUCUCCUGGCACUGCCAUCACGCUCAUCUCCUGCUCUCCCAGCCCAACAACCUCUGGCAUUUGUAUCCUGAAAUCGGGGUCUCUGGAGACCUUCAGCCUGGGAAGGAGCAAAGUGACUUGUCUCCCUACUGUUCCUUCCUCUCCCCUGAGACAUGUGAACCAGCAGCCAGAGGGGACGGACAAGGGGGCAGUUGGGCACCAAUAAGCCAUGUUUUACCGAAAGGAAGACUGCUUAGACUUGGGGGUACAAACCCAAGUCCAGUACAACACAGCGGGAAACCCAGGCAACUCCUAGGAACCCAAGUUCUGACUCCUUGCACUCGUUUGGGAAACCUGAUCAGAAAGGGGUCACUGGUCCUUCAAUAGACCCCCGAGCUGCAUUCUAGCCCUUUCCUAAAUCUGUGUGCUUCAUCUCACAUCGUCUCUAGCCUUGAUCCCCACGGUCAAGUGCACCAGUGAGACAGCCCCAUGGCUUGCUAGAACUGGUAAAUAAUGACACCUGGUGGAUAAAUGCUAUAUUCUAGAAAACUGUUCUAGCCACCCCGAGUCUGAAACAUUAGGAAAAGGGACUUGGCCUGAGACAGGACCAUCCCCUUGUCUAUACACACUCUGCUUCUAUUGUUGAGAACAAUUUGUUAUUGCAAUAAAGCUUAAUAGGUUAAA